UCAACCCGCAGGCUACACAACAAGAGAUUGAGGCAGCAUUGGAUAAUGAUGAAGGCGGUCAAGUUUUUGCUCAAUCGUUGAUGACAUCAACACGUUAUGGUGCAGCAAGGGAUGCGUUGCGAGAAGUGCAGGAGCGUCACGAUGAUAUCAAGAAGAUAGAAAGAACGAUUGAAGAACUUGCAAAUCUUUUCCAAGAGAUGCAGCUGUUGGUGGAAGCUCAGGAUGUGCCAAUUACUGCCAUCGAAGAGCAUACAGAGCAGGUCACUCAUGAUGUGGAACAAGCUGCUGUACAUGUAGAAAAAGCAUUGGAGAGUGCGAGAGGAGCCAGAAGAAAAAAGUGGUACUGUUUUAUGAUACUUGUUAUUAUUUUGAUUGUUGCUGGUGUAGGACUAUAUAUAUACUUGAAGCCCAAGUCGUCGGACACUUCUCCGCCACCAACGCAAACUACCACGGCACCUGGACCUGUAACGACAAAAGCAUAA